UCGAAGGGACCCCCCCGCCCUGCAGCAGACUGUCUCUGAUCUGAUGGAGGGUCGCCCCCCCCAAAGCAGCAGUUUCUCAGACCCAGAGGAUGGAGAUCUUCUUCUGUUGCCGGGCGGACGCAGCAUCUCCCUGGUGGACCUGCAGGACCUGGACCCCCCCCCAAAUCGCCUCAGCAGGGGGGGGGGCUCGCAGGCCUCCAUAGGACACGCCCCCCUCCUCGCUCACCCCCCGAUUAAAGCCCCGCCCAGAGAGGCUCAGCCGCAGAGCGCGCCGCAGGCCAGGAGGCCGUUUCACCCGUCAAUCAACCGUCAUCAGCCGCGUAGCCUGCAGCCAAUCAGCUUCCAGAACCCCGUGUACCACCUCAGUAACCCGGGCAACCAGGGCAACCUGAGUAGCCCCGCCCACAGUCUGAGUAGCCCCGCCCACAGUCUGGUUAGCCCCGCCCACAUUGUUUGUAAUCCUGCCCACAACACAAGUAACGCCGCCCACAUUCUGGGUAACCCUAUUAACCCCGCCUAUGUUCUUUGUAACCCUGCUCACAACAUGAGUAGCCCCGCCCAAAACACAAGUAACCUCGCCCAUAUUCUGGGUAACCCUAUUAAUCCCGCCCACAGUCUGAAUAGUCCCGCCCACAAUAUGAGUAAUCAAAGUAACCCUGCCCACAACAUGAGUAGCCCCGCCCACAAUAUGAAUAACCAGAGUAACCACGCCCACAUCCUGGGUAACCCUAUUAACCCCGCCCACAGUCUGAGUGGCCCCUCCCACGUCCUGAUUAGCCCCGCCCACAUUCUGAGUGGCCCCGCCCACAGCCUGUCCUCUCGCUCCGCCCACUCUCAGCUCCAGGACUCCAGCUCAGAGAACCUCAGCACGGAGAGUUCUCACAACAGCCGCACCUCGGACGACCUGGGCAGCCAGGCGGGGGUCAAAGGUCGCGCCCCCUCGAACAGCAGCAGCCUGGACGAAUCGGGGUCGAGGGGCGGGGGUUCAACGCCGAGAAGACACGUCCCUCCUCAGCCCCCUGACCUCCCAUUAGCCGUCGCUAUCCCCCGUCAGAGCACCACAGCUGGCACCGCCCAUAUUGUGAAGGUGGAGCAGAGCAGAGGAGGGGGCGGAGCCAGGACGCCACGCUCGCUCCCACACAGCCAACCACUACGCAGCAGCCCCAACACAGAGCCCGCCCCCACGACAGGACACGCCCCCCAGACAGGACACGCCCCCCAGACAGGACACGCCCCCACAACAGGACACGUCCUCACGCCAGGACACGCCCCCCGGCAACCGGAGACCGUAGCUCCGCCCCCGAGGAGCGCCGCCAAGCAGCCGCCGCAGGUACUGCAGCAACAAGAGGCGUCUCCGGUGGAGGUGAUGUCUCCAGUGGAGCGGACGGCUGCCUGGGUGCUGAACAACGGACAAUAUGAAGAAGAAGAGGAGGAAGAGGAGGAGGGGAAGAAGAGCAGGGAGGAGGGCAAGAACACCGAGAAGCAAAGACUUGGUCCUAUCGACGUCACCUUGCAUGUAGCAGACCCUUGGCUAACAGAGCGUUCCCUGCAGUACGAGCAGGAGAUCUCUCGUCUGAAGGAGCGCCUGCGGGGCUCGGGGCGCCGCCUGGAGGAGUACGAGCGCAGGCUGCUGGCUCAGGAGCAGCAGAUGCAGAAGCUCCUGCAGGAGUACAAGCAGCGCCUGGAGGACAGCGAGGAGAAGCUGAGGAGGCAGCAGGAGGAGAAGGACAGCGAGAUGAAGAGCAUCGUCUGCAGACUGAUGGCGGUGGAGGAAGAGUUGAAGCGGGACCAUGCAGAGAUGCAGGCGGUGAUCGAAGCAAAACAGAAAAUCAUCGACGCUCAGGAGCGGCGAAUCGACUCCCUGGACGCGGCGAACUCCCGUCUGAUGGCGGCGCUGACGCAGGUGAAGGAGCGCUACAACACACCUAGCAUCCACAACGGCCUGUCGCCUAGCAACCCCACCAAGCUGUCAAUCACUGAGACCGGCGAGUUCAAGAACAGCAGCUGCUGAUUGGCCGAGAGGUUGGGCGGCAAGAGGCGGGGCUUAGACUCUUAAAACAAGAGCAGAGACGGAAUCUAUAAAUAUGUGUGUAAAUACUGAAGGCUAUAUGUGUGUGUGUGUGUGUGUGUGUGUGUGUGUGUGUGUGUGUGUGUGUGUGUGUGUGUGUGUGUGUGUGUGUGUGUGUGUGUGUGUGUGUGUGUGUGUGUGUCACAGAAGCACAGAGAGGAAGGAACAAAACCAAAAACUAUAAACGCACUCCAGUUUUGUAACUGACUUUUUUAAAUUUGUUUUUAUUUGAAUAUUUUCUGGUUUUUGAUUUUGAAGCUGAAUUUUUUUCGAGUGGAGUUUUUUUUUUUUUUAUUACCCGAGGAGUUUUGGGUUUUAAUUUAUUCCUCCACUGGUCUCCUUGUUGCUACUGAACCGACUCCUGUAGGAUCACACCCUGCCUGCUGUCACUCCUUCACAAUAAAAGCCUGAAAGUGUGAGUGUGUGUUCUCAUCUCUGUCCACGGGAAAUAUUAAACAUUACAUUUCAUAAAUAUCAUAU